GGAGGAGCCCAAAGGUUGGCGGAGGCGAACAGCGGAGCAAAACCGCCGAGCGGAGGGCGCGGCGGAAGAGUCGGUCGGCUCUCUUUGCUGCCCCUUCGCCGUGCCGAGUCCCCGGGGCCGCGUGAAGCAGGGGCAGGUCGGCGAUGGCGUCCAUGGCGGCGGCGAUCGCAGCUUCUCGUACGGCGGUCCUGAAUGGGAACCGGCCGCUGGACGAGCGGGAACGUAAGCGCUUCAGCUACUUCUCUUCGCUGAGCCCCAUGGCUCGCAAAAUCAUGGCGGAGAAGGAGCGCAUCCGCGAACGCUACGGGCCAGACUGGGAGCGGCUGCCGCCCCGCCAGCAAGACGAGAUUAUUGACAAAAGCCUGGUGCAGCCCAACAUCCAGGCCCGGUACGCGGCUCACCGAGGGGCAGCCCGAGACAACCCGCCUCCGGUCUGCUACCCGAAUCUGCGCCUCAAUACCGGCCAGAAGGUAGUGCGCUUCGGGGACGAGGAUAUCACCUGGCAAGAUGAGCACUCUGCUCCUUUUUCUUGGGAAACUAAGAGUCAAAUGGAAUUCAGUAUUGCUUCUCUGUUGAUCCAAGAACCGGGUGCUGCAGCCCCUCAGCACGAACAGAAACAGCCUAGCAAAACCGCACCUGGCCCCCCAGCCCCCAAACCUUCCCAGAGUGGUAAACCGCAAAACUCAGAUGUGCUUAUACCAGCCAAAAAAGAGGAGGAGUCCUCGUUUUGGAAGAUCAACGCUGAGCGCUCCAAGUACGAAGGAGAACAGUCUGAGUUCCAUUCGCUAACCCCAAGCCAAAUUAAAUCCAUGGAAAAAGGAGAGAAAACCCUCCAGCCUUAUUAUAGGCAAGAAUCUGGCCCAAAAGAAGCAAGUAAACCAGAGAAGCCUAGUGCUCCUAAGCCUGAAAAAGCGAUCGCCCCAGUUGUUCCCACAACACCCGUAGAAUGGGAAAAGCCUCCAUCCGACCAACCUGCAGUUAGUGCCUUCGAUGCUCCUUCUGACCCUGCAGAGAAAUUGUCAUCUGCUGCAACCCAAAAUGAAGAUGCCCAAAACAGUUUUGUUCCAGAUUUACAAGGAUUUGGGCAGAGUAAUGCAAACAAUGUUAUCCUGAAGACGGGAUUUGAUUUUCUGGACAAUUGGUAGACAAAAACAAUCCUUCAGUUGGUUUUUGGAGAAAGAAAAAGAGCAUCUCUCUCUCUCUCUCUCUCUCUCCAUUUUGUUUUUUGGUUUCUGUUACUGGUUUUUCUGUGUGUUUUUAAAACUUUUUUCCCAGUUCUUUUCUAAUGUUGCCCUUUGUACUAAUACUUUUUUGUAGAAACCUGAUGAGUAUUUGUAUUUUGAAGUGAUCCAGUGUUAGAAGGGUAGGCGGAUUUUUUGGUCUUUUAUUAAUUGCCAUUCUGCACAUCAUAUUUGGUGAUGAACAAGGGAUACGUUGCCUAAUAUUUGUAUGUAUGCUAAGGACAGAGUGUGCAAUCUAAUUAGAGAGAAAAUGAAGCCAUCUAAUAGAAUACCCAUAUUUAUUUUACACAUGAAUGCCAGCAGCUAAUAGGCUACCAUCUGUAUUAUUAAAUACAUUUGUUACAAGAAGAAAACUUUAUAUCAAGCACAGAUAGAUUUUAAUAUCAUCUGUCAGAGCCUUGGCCGGUAUGUUUGAGGUUCUGAAAUUAAUGGUCCAAAACAUUUUGUGAACACCAUAUGGUCUUUUCCUAAUAGAAGGAAGAUGGAAGCACAGAGUCCAAACACCAAAAUUCAGCACAUCUCUUUCAUAUAUAUUGUGCAGGAUAUAAAUCCGCAGACAUUUACAUGUUUAUUUUUACAUUAGCCUAUGUCACUUGAUUCGGUUGUGGGGGGGGGGGGAAAUCAAGCAGCUUUAGCUAAUGAGGUGUGUGCUGGGAGGGUGUGUAUGUUUUUGUUUGUUUUCUUCCUGUGAAACGAGGCCUAAUUGGUACACAAAAUAGGGUUGUUUGUUAAAAAUAAAACAUUUAAUGAAAUGUAUGUUUCAUUAUAAAACAUAAAAGGAGAAGAAAGAGACUAGCUUAGAGAGAAAUAAUCAAAUAUGUGGAUGGAGCUGCCUUUUACUGAUUAAAAACCAUCUGGUAAAGAGAUCUUCAGAAGAAACAUAACAUGAAAAAUAACUAAUUUGUUUGAUCUCUUUUGGCCUAGCAGCACUGAACCACAUUUUGAAAUUUAGCUAAUUUCCCUUACCCUCACUCCUGGUGUUAACAUUUCUUCAACAUGUUUACUGCAAGGCAUUGUGAUGCUUUCUUUAAAAACAAAACAUUGUAUUAAAAAAAAAAAAUUCAUGAGAUUUCUGAUUCCUGGUACUGCUUCCCAUAGUGGGAAUAGGACCUGAAUGUAUCACAAACAUUCUGUUGCAUUAGAUUUUCUGUUAUUUUAAUAUUACACAGAAACUAUUUUACAUGGAGGAACACUUUAAAGAUGACAUCCCUCACCUGCACCUUGGAGUGGUCCAGCAUACCACCAGAGACCAUCCUAGUCCAGUAUCUGCAACAUCCAGAGAUAGCUAAUGCUACUGACAUUGCAUUUCUGUAACUUUAAAUAGUAUUUCUCUCCCCGUCACCUUCAAGCCUUAAUCCCCCUUUCUGCACAAAUUGUAAUUUCUUCAAUCAAAUACCAAAGGUUAUUGAAUUUCUGCUUUUGACCUUGAGCAUUGGAUUUCCUGGGAGAUGACCCAAUAACAGAGAUACACUGUACACAUGUACCUCUGAUGCUAUGUGAAAUUCUUACAAACCCUAUUUGGGCACUGUUAUCUGUUGUCAGGCUGGCUAAUUGUAGCCUUCUUCCAUACUAACCACCAGAUAAGUGGCUCCACCUUCAGAGUUGUCCAUACCUGUGAGUGGUCUGAACUGAAAAGUCACUUUUCUACAAAUCGUGUGCUGUUGUGUUUUAUUUCAGAUUACUUCCUGUUCCUUCUGUUGCUUAUAUAUACUCAUUAACAAUGUUUAUGGCAAAAGUUAAGAGAUUUGUUCUGAAUCUUGCCCUGAAAGAUAUAAUGGAAAAUAAGACUGGAUAGCAGUGGUGGCUUUCAAAUUUUUUUACUACUGGUUCUGUGGGCAUGACUUGGUGGGUGUGGCAUGGCUUGGUGGGCGUGGCUUGAUGCAGCAAGGGAAGGAUACUGUAAAAUAACCAUUCCCACCCCACUCCAGGGGAAGAAUACUGUAAAAUGCCCAUUUCCUCGCAAUCAGCUGGGAUUCGGGAGACACAGAAUAGAUGGGGGUGGGACCAGUCAGAAUUUUUCGGUUCUCCAAACUACUCAAAAUUUCCAUUACCAGUUCUCCAGAACCGGUCAGAACCUGCUGAAACCCACCUCUGCUGGAUAGCCUUUGAAUUCAGUUCUAAAAUUCAGGCUUUGUUGCAGUGCGUGGAGGCCAGAAUAUAUAGCACUGAUAUGCAGCUGCCCUCAUAGACUGGAGCAUCAUUUUGGAAUCUGAAACAAAGCAUUGCUUAAUUCUAGAAAAUAAUAAAAUGGAAUUAAUUGUAGAGAACACUAAAGAAAAUGCUCUUUUUCAGGGGUGUUUUAUGUGCAAUCACACACACAUACACUGGGAUAUUUGUGCUGAAGAUGAGAGUGGGAAACAGCAAAAGGCUGUCUUCAGAUACUUGACUUUGUUUUAAGGUAUUUGGAUUAAUUGGUUGUUCUUAGUAACUAACACCACAUUUCCUACCGUGGAGAUGCUGCUUUGGGUUUCCUGGUGCACACCUACAUGGCAGCACAAUUAUUAGUGUCAUAUAAGAGUCCGUUGAAUUGGGGUAAGAGAUGUAGAUAACGGACAUUUUUGGAAUGGCUUAACUUUUGCUACUGAGCAAAAGAGAGACGAUUUUCAUUAAUGAAAAUAAGUGCCUGACACUUUACAGCAUCCUGUUAGUUGCCCUAGUUUAAUGUAUUUAAAGAUACCAUACUUUAAAAAAGACAAGUAGAUUUUAUUUAAGAAAAGAGUACUUCUUUGAUACUUUAAAAAGAAGCAAGUCUUUAAAAAGGAAUUGGCAUAAAGUCCUUCAAGCCAAAGUGUAUUUUUGGAUUAUAAAAAGGGAGCCUUUUCCAAUAUUGUCAGUCAGAGCUCAUCAGUAUAAAGUGCUUUUCCAGCUCAGGGUCUCUUGUUCAUGUUAACCAAUUCAAGAAUUAAAUAAAUUCAGUUCGGUUUGACUAGAGCUUUCCGUUUAUAUGUCAGCGGAUGGGGGUUAAUGUCCUGAGGUCAUUGAAGCAACAUUUUUAGUUUGUUGUUCUUAGGCAAAGAAAUAGGGUAAACUGGGCCUAAUCCUCCUACUCAUGUAUCUAUUUACAAUCCCGUUUAUCUUAAUGAAAUUUUUGCAAAGGACCUCUUGAUGAAUUUUAUUCAUUGGAACACAACACUGUAUAUUGCCUUUUCUCUUCAGUAUAGUUUCAUGGAUAAACCUGAUGUUUCUCCCUUUCAUAGAUGUUUUUAUUGAGGUUUUAUUUACAAUUGUAUAUGGCUACAAUUCAUAUCUUGAUUCUUAAUUAAAAUCACCUGACAUGGACCACUGA